AUGGUUACAAUCCGCUUGCUGAGCGUAGACGAGAAGGUGCUGAUCGGUGUCCAAUCGUACCUCGAUGGAGCCUGUAUCAAUAUCACUCACCAUAACGGCUCAUCAACGUGCUCACAGAUUAUCACCGAGCCUGGGUUCAUCACCUCUCCUGGUUACCCAGGCCCUUACCCGCCAGGCACAAGCUGCUCCUAUGAAAUCUACGCUCCUGAAUGCUACUGUCCUCAAAUCACCUUUUUGAGCUUCCAACUUAGCGGCCAUGAUCCCCUCUGCAGCGGUUCUCAUUGCUGCAACUCCGACUACCUGGAGAUCAUCACCUCCAACACCAUGUCUGGUAAUGUAUACUGCGGUACGGACAUUACUGCAGGCCAGGUCUUCACAGCAACCAUCAGCACAUUGAGCCUGUUCUUCUCUGCUGAGAAAUCCGCCCCUGGAUGGUCGGCUACCGUCUCCUUAGUUCCUAUUCCAGGAUGUGUGGUCAGGAACCUUGCCCGUGUCGCCGACUCCCUUUCACCUUCUGACUUCACUGCUCCUACCAUUACUGACUUCACAGCUCCUACCAUUACUGACUUCACUGCUCCUACCAUUACGGACUUCACUGCUCCUACCAUUACUGACUUCACAGCUCCUACCAUUACUGACUUCACUGCUCCUACCAUUACGGACUUCACUGCUCCUACCAUUACGGACUUCACUGCUCCUACCAUUACUGACUUCACUGCUCCUACCAUUGCUGACUUCACAGCUCCUACCAUUACUGACUUCACUGCUCCUACCAUUACUGACUUCACUGCUCCUACCAUUACUGAUUUCACUGCUCCUACCAUUACUGACUUCACAGCUCCUACCAUUACUGAUUUCACUGCUCCUACCAUUACUGACUUCACAGCUCCUACCAUUACUGAUUUCACUGCUCCUAUCAUCACUGAUUUCACUGCUCCUACUAUUACUGAUUUCACUGCUCCUACCAUCACUGACUUCACAGCUCUUACCAUUACUGACUUCACAGCUCCUACCAUUACUGACUUCACACCUCCUAAUAUUACUGACUUCACACCUAAUAUUACUGACUUCACAUCUCCUAAUAUUACUGACUUCACACCUCCUACCAUUACUGACUUCACAGCUCCUACUAUUACUGACUUCACACCUCCUACCAUUACUGACUUCACACCUCCUACCAUUACUGACUUCACACCUCCUAAUAUUACUGACUUCACCCCUCCUACCAUUACUGACUUCACACCUACCAUUACUGACUUCACACCUCCUACCAUUACUGACUUCACACCUCCUAAUAUUACUGACUUCACACCUCCUACCAUUACUGAAUUCACACCUCCUAAUAUUACUUCCACCCCUCCAACCGCUACUACCACCCCUCCUACCACUGCUGUCACUUGUCCUUCGAAUACAAGGACCCCUCCUACCACCACCACCACAACUACGAAAUCAACCAUUGGAAUAACAUCACCUCCCAAAAGCAAAUGCAAAUUGCGUUACGUGAACGGCUGUUUCCAUUGGACAUCACCUUCCUUUGGGAAGAAGACCCAUUACAACUUCCAUGAGUGCUCAGUCUCUGGACGCUCGAGUACUCCUCACAAAGUCAGAUUCGAGGCUCAUCAGUUCCAAGUCAGUGAUCAUAGUCAUGUCAGCAUCAGUCUUCCGUACAAUAGGACGAUUACUCUCUCCGGAAAUAAGCCGUGGUCAUUCACCACUCCCAACUGUAACUUCAACAUGAAAUUCGCGGCAAAGAGACACAAUACUGGCGGCAGCUUUAACAUCAGCGUCUGUCCCAAGAAAACACCAUGCCAUAAGAUCAUCAAGACCUCGGUUUCUGGAACUCGAGGCUACGAAGAAACACCCGAUUUCCGAUCCAAUAAGAGACAUUCAGAGCUGACCCAAUGUGAAUGGUGGAUUGAGGCCCCUAAAGGCAAGCGAAUCAGCGUCAAUAUAAAAACCAAGAUGGACGAGUCUCACGAUUGCACUUCGAAUUACGCUUGUGUUAACGGCAGGGGUGACAGGAAGUACCCGAUGGAAACAAGCUCCAUCUACUGCGGCUCUGGCCACCAGACUGUCACUUCCACCGACAAUAUGUUGUGCAUUACCUACCAGGGACAUAAGGACCAAAGCAGUGGUAUGGGCUUCAGUUAUAAUGUCGAGUGAGCCCCUAGGACGAAACCUGUUAUUCCUGCGAAGCAACGGACUAGAUUGGGCAUCCCAUAGACGGCCCUUCAAUAAUAGUUAGACCUGUUUAAUUGUGUGCUUUUUGUCGUUCACUUGGCGGUUUUGUUUGGAAAUCCAUUCUAAAUAAUAAAAAUUAUCAUAUUUAUAUAUCUAUGAGAUGCAUUUCAUAGAUACUUCACGUUCUUAUUAUUUCAUUGUAAAUAUUUAUCAUUAUUUAUUAUUAAUAUUA